AUGGACGCGGAAAAUAACCAUAUGACACGCUCUAAUGACCGUGACGAGGCUAGUCACUUGUGUAGCGAGGUUAAAAGCCUAACGCCUCAAUCUCAAAUUCUGAGAGAUUAUCAUCGCAAGCCCACAACUUCCACUCACUUAAUUCAUCAGCUGAUCAAAAACAGUUCAAUGCCAUCGCGAACGCUUUUUAUUCGCUACCCCAAAAACUUUAAGGAAAAAGAUUACCACCAGCCGAAUGCAUACAACUAUGGACAGCAGUUUUUGGAGAAAAUGACCAUUCCUUCUAAAGCGUUAUCUUUCAUUGACCCACAUUUAGGUGUAGGCAGAAGUUGGCCGACGGAAAAAUUUACAGUUUUGAUUGUGACCUACCACAGAGAAAAUAUCUUAAAACAAAUUCUGAGCCAAUACAAAAACUUACCAUUUCUAGAUCGUAUUGUGUUAGUUUGGAACGCUCAAGACAACAAAGUUAAUAAGUCGGUCAUACCAGAUAUUGGAGUGCCAAUACACGUCAUUAGCAAUGGCAAAAACAGUUUGAAUAAUCGAUUCCUACCAUUUGAGGUGAUCAGAACACAAGCGAUUUUUACAGUCGACGACGAUAUUACUUUAGAGAAUGGUGAUAUUUUAUUUGCUUUCAGAGUUUGGAGAGAAAACAGAGACAGAAUUGUCGGCUUUCCAGCUCGUUAUCAUGAGUGGAACCCUAAGAAAAAAAAGUGGUUUUAUAGCAGUGGCUAUAAAAUGGGUCAAUCGUUGAUUCUUACAGGAGCAACGUUUUUGCAUAAACAUUAUUUCUUUCUAUAUUCGUAUGUGAUGAACCCAGCGAUUCGGGAAUUAGUCUAUAAAAAAAUGAACUGUGAAGACCUUGCAAUGAACAUGUUGGUCGCACACGUGUCCAAAAAGUCCCCGAUGAAGACUAUACGGAAACAGUUCUUUGCCAAUAAAUUUAAACUAAAAGACGGUUUAUCCUUCAAACCUAAGCACAAAGAUAAACGAGACAAUUGUUUGAACGAAUUUGCACAAAUAUACGGCUACAUGCCUCUUAUAUUUACUCAGUAUGAAGCAGACUACCUCAUUGGAAAACAACAAUACAAUAAUAAAUUUUAUAGGUCCUUGGCAUCGAAAACACAAUACUUGUUGAUAGGCCUUUUGUGGAUGGCUAACGCUCGUCCCUGCGGGUCGAUACUGGCAAUCAUUCGCAUAAUGAUUAUGUCCGGAGAAUCUAUAGCAGCUGAUGUUGGUAGAACACUUACUGAAGGGAACGUCAGUUUCAAUUGGAAUGGUGGCUGGCGUGAUGGGUUCUUCAACUGUGAUUUCAUCUUUUAUAACAGCAUGGGCCUUACAUCUUUCUCAUUCAUUCUCAAAGUCGCUCGCAGUGCUUAUUUCAUAUAG